AUGGGUUAUAUUUAUGAGGCUAUGGAUAGGACAAAAGAAACAAUUAUGAAGGUCUUUAAAGAGAAAGAAGAGAAAUACAAAGAAGUGUUUGAGAUCAUUGAUAAAAGAUGGAAAUGUCAACUUCAUCGGCCUCUGCUUGCUGCAGGACAUUAUUUGAAUCCAGAAUAUCUUUAUUCAUACACAGAUUCAAAUAUCUAUGGAGAAGCGGUGAAUGGUUUGUUUGAAACUAUGGAGAGAUUGGUUUCAAGCGCUAUUGAGCAAGAUAAAAUCACUACUCAGCUCUCUAUAUAUCGAAAUGCAAAAGGGCUAUUUGAGAGGAAUGUGACAAUUAGACAUAGAAGAGCAUUAUCUCCAACAGAAUGGUGGGAAUGCUACAAAGCAAAUACCCCAGAAUUGCAAAAGUUUGCUAUUAAAGUGCUUAGCCUCACUUGUAGUGCUUCCGCCUGUGAGCGCAAUUGGAGUGUAUUUGAGCAGCAAAAAAAAAGGAAUAGGCUAGCUCAGCAGUGUUUAAAUGAUUUGGUAUUUGAGAAAUACAAUCGUGCCUUAAAACUUCGGUAUGAUGCACGUGAUAAAAUUGACCUCAUCUAUUUGACAGAUAUUAAUGAUAGUAAUGAAUGGUUAAUGGAUAAAAUGGAUGGAGAAAGUGAUAAUGAAGAAGAUGAGUUGGUUUUUGAAGGUGAUGACUUGACAUGGGAUGUCGUUGCGAGGGCUAGUGGAGAUGAAGAGCCUGCAUAUUCCUCGGUGGCGCGACGGCGGCGAGACGACGACGGCGCUGGAAAUCACGAUAUGAAGAGGCGGCAGCGGCGGCUACAGCGUGGGCGACGACAGUGGCAACUACAACAGUGGGCGGCGACGACGAAGGAUUUGAAGAUGAAAGGCAUGAAGGGAGGUAUGAUUGAAUACGUCAAGUUUUGA